CAAACCAAAGAGGGCAGCCCUUGUAUCCGCGCAGGCGCAGAUGUGCGCCGGGAGCCAAGAUGUCGGGUUCCAAGUAUAAGCCUGCGCCCCUGGCCACUCUCCCCAGUACCCUCGACCCUGCCGAGUAUGACGUGUCUCCAGAAACCCGAAGGGCGCAGGUCGAGCGCUUGAGCAUAAGGGCCCGGCUUAAACGGGAGUAUCUGCUUCAGUACAACGACCCCAAACGCCAAUCGCACAUCGAGGAUCCUGCAUUGAUUCGAUGGACCUACGCAAGAUCAGCAAAUAUUUACCCUAAUUUCAGACCCACUCCCAAGAACUCACUUUUAGGAGCCGUGGCGGCGUUUGGGCCCCUCAUCUUCUGGUAUUAUGUUUUCAGAACAGACAGGGACAGAAAAGAAAAACUUAUCCAGGAAGGAAAAUUGGACAGAAAAUUUAACAUCUCCUACUAAGUUUGGCAGGAUGAUUCUAUUCUUGAAUAAAUAAAUCUAUUAAUUAAUCACUGAA